AUGUGAUUGGCUGAGAGCAUCAGAGGGCGGUGUCCUGUGUGUGCGGUCAGUGAAGAGCGCAGGGCGGAUCAGCUUGAGGCCGCGACACCAACACACGCGCGGAAAACUCUCGAAAAUCAACGAAAGCGUAAAGUGAUGGCGGAUCUGAGCUUGACCGAUGCUCUGAGCGACAGCGUUCCUCAGCCGGACGUGGAGAAGGCGGUGGAGAGGGACUUCAUCUCCACGCUGGAGGCCGAGGCCUUCGAGGAUCAGGUCGGAGAGACCGUGGGCAAGACCGACUUCAUCCCACUCCUGGACACUGAUGGGAAGGAUCCAGAUACAGUUGUCAAGAACGGACAGCAGGAAGGCCAAGGGUCUCAGACCCCUGGCACCGUGAAUCCGCUGACGUCGUGGAAAGACACACGGCCACAUCAGACUGACCAGCAGACGUUUGGGACAGACUUACUAUCAGGGGCGAUGUCUGGUUUUCCUGAUCAGUGGGGCUCACAGUCAAGCCCAACACAGAUGAUGGACAGCAGCCCGAUGGGACCGUUCUCAGGUUUCUCUCAGCCUAGCACAGUGUCUGCGGUGAUCACAGGUGCUGCUCCUCUCCAGACAGAAAGACCGUCUGGUGUGGCCGAACCACAGGGUUCACCAGAUGUUAAGGCCCCUGAAUCCCCCAAAAUACCAGCCGAACCCCCCAAAAUACCAGCCGAACCCCCCAAAAUACCACCCGAAUCCCCCAAAAUACCAGCUAAACCCCUGGCACCCACGACACCCAAGAGCCCACUGGACACAUCUGCAGGUGUCUUUGGUGAUCACUGGUCCGAUGAGGCCGGCAUUCCUUCUGACCUGCCCUUCACACCCAGCGUUUCCACCAUUAUCAGUCGCCAUGCAAGUCACCUGGUAGAAAGCCAGAGUGAUACGACCGAUCCCCAGUGGUCCCCGAGAGACAUAAGUGUGGGAGAUGCCGAGGAAAGGGAAGGCGAAGGAUCUGACCGUAAGAAGGAAAAGAAGAAGAAAAAGCGGAGACCCAGGGACGAGGUUUACGACUUCCACGCGGAAAUGCAAAGCGAAAGUGCUUUAUCCGAGAGCCUCCAUCAAUCCAAAGAAGAUGGAGGUUGGGAAGACGUCGGGCGCAUUGGUGGGAGAGCCAAGAAGCCGAAAAGCCGAAAGAAGAUACCCGAGGAAUGGGCGAUCCAUGCCGAACCCUUCGUCCCUUCUUCGGCCUCCGUGCCGCAAGAGUUCGCAACUGAUUUUACUCAAUCACCCCUUGGAGUUGACAGUGGUCUAGUGUCGUUUUCUGAGGACUACACUGAUGGGAGUCUCAUUCCUCUGUCUCUUACCCAAGAUCUCCUGUCUCUCACAGCUACUUCCCCACCAUCCACAACUCCUGCAACGAUCUCCCUAAAGUCUCCCGGUCGAGCCCCCGAUCAGCACCCCUUAUCCACGUCAUCUGGAUUCCAUGAUAUACUCAUGGACACGGAAGAUGAUUUCACCCUUCCAUCACCUCUGGGAAAAGCUGAUUCUCUUCUCAAUGAUGCUCAACCUUCUCCUGGAGGAACUUUUGAGGAGGCGAUGUUUGGACAAGAACAUCCCUACACCUCUUCCAUGGCCACCGAAGACUCAGGAGUGAAGCAGCCUCAGGCAUCCACCCCUGGAAGCACUUGUUUUGUACCACCGAUGGAAGAGCUAAUCUCAGCGCCUCCAUUUUCUCCAUCUGGACCUGCGUGGUCUCUUAACAACCACAAUCAACCUUUUGAUCUGGAAGAUGUUGCAUUUGAGACCCAAGUCCCAGUUCCUUCACCAAAGAGCAAAUCCCCAAAGGAACCAAAAACCAAACAAGGCAAGAAGUCCAGUUCAUCCUCAUCAAAAAGUCCAACUUCCCCUGAUGCAAAGUUGCCGUCUCCACAGAUUUCCGGUUUGAAUCCGGCCGCUCCGCCAUUCUUCCCUAGUUUUGCAGAACCUCGGGAGCAAGCCGGAGGACUGCCCUUCACAUUGGAAGGAAACUCUGAUAAGAACAAGCCAGAGGUGAACGAAAUGGACAAUGUCCAGAAGUUUGAUGACUUUGGUGUCUUCAGCAAGACAGACAAAGAUCAGAAGAAGGAAACUGUGGAGGAGAAAGACAAAACUGGCCACACAGACAAACAGACAACCAAAGAAGAGAAAACAGAUACUCAAGUGGACAAAAACAAAGACUUGGACAAAAACAAAGACUUGGACAAGUCAGAGAAAACGGGCAAAGAUGAAUCGGUUCCCAAAGUUGAGACGCCAGUGAAAGUUGAGAGCAUUGACAAGUUGGAAAAAACUACUAAAGAUGAGACUGAGAAGUUCGAGAAGACUACCGACAAAAAAGAGACCGCAGAAAAGAUUGAUUCUUCUCCAAAGAUUGAGAAAGUGAAGGUGGAUCCGGUGGAAAAGACUGAGAUCAAGACAGACGUAGUGAAAACCGAAGAGAACAAAUCAGACCAGAAAGUAGAGAAGGAGAAAGAAGAACAUGUGAAGGAGAAAGAACAACAGAAGACAGAAAAGGACAAAGUAGAAAAGAUUGAGCCAGCUGACAAGAAACCUGCCAAAGCUGAGAAGGACGAGAAAGCCAAAAAACCAGCAGCUAAACCCUCAGCGGCCAAGCCUGCGGUCACCAAUGGACGAGACUUGACCAGUCCCGAGAAGAAGACCAAGCCUGUCGCUGGGUCAAUCAAACCCAGUUCUACCAAGCCCAGACCGAGCUCGACCUCCACCGCCCCCAAACGCCCGACCCCGACCUUGACCUCCAGCGCACCCGCUCCCCUCAGCAAAAGAGCCCCAGUGCCCAAAGCACCCGCCCCGGCCCCGGCCACCAAACGACCAGCUACGGCAUCCACACGACCCUCCACCGCGACCAGCACCGCGGCCAGAGAGAUCAAGCCCAAGACGGCCACAGAGAAGCGCCCACUUGUGCCAAAAGCCACUGCCGCUCCGGCUCGACCCGCGACAGACAAACCUGCGCCCGCGACACGCACCGCGACCACGACACGCACCGUAGCCAGCGCUCCUGCAGCACGACGCCCGGCCGCAAAGACUGAGAGCAAACCAGGAGACGAAAAGAAACCAAGCACACUGAAAACUACAGUUACAGAUGCUGCCCGCUCUAAAUCCGCACCGCUCAAAGCCUCCAGCGCCACAAGCAGCGCCACCAGUCGCCCUCGACCCACCAAAACCCCCGUUCCCAGCAGCACCACAGCCGAGAAGAAGCCGCUGGUUCCCCGCGCUGCUCGACCCAGUGCCACCAGCACCACGACUCGGCCCAGUGGCGUCCCCCGACCCAGCUCCGGCUCCACACCAGCGCCCGACAUCAGAAACAUCCGCUCCAAGAUCGGAUCCACAGACAACAUCAAAUACCAGCCAGGAGGAGGGAAGGUCACAGUGUCUCAGAGCAGGACGGACACACACACCUCGCUCUCCAAAGAGACCAGCCAGGGCAAAGUUCAGAUAGUCUCCAAAAAAGUGGACUACAGUCACGUGACUUCCCGCUUGGGCUCCAAGGACAAUAUCAAACAUAUUCCUGGUGGAGGGAACGUCCAGAUUCUCACCAAGAAGGUUGACUUGAGUAAAGUGACCUCCAAGUGUGGAUCCAAGAGCAACAUCAAACAUAAACCAGGUGGAGGCGAAGUCAAGAUCGAAAGCCAUAAGGUGAACUUUAAGGAUAAAGCUCAGUCCAAGGUGGCGUCGAUGGAUAACGUCAAUCAUGAGCCCGGUGGCGGGAACGUCAAGAUUGAGUCUUUCAAGCUAAAUUUCCGCGAGAACGCCCGCUCUCGCACGGACCACGGCGCUGACAUCAUCACCUGGCCCGUCUCGAGUGACAGCCCUGUUUUCCACAGCAGCGUUUCGCUCACCGACUCCCUCAUCCCUCGCUCUCACACCACGCCGGCCCUCAUCUCCUCACCAGAACAACGGGGCGAAGUCGGCUCGCUCAACGACCUCCGGACAUGAUCUCUCUUUUCAUUGGUCCGCCGCUCCCUAAACCCCGCCUCCUACCAUUGCUAAGACUCAUAUGAUUGGUGUGCUGUUUGUUGACGUUC